GUGAAGGGGUUCCACCGUUUCCUCCUGAACCUAAAUCCCCACUCUGAGGCCGAUGGCUUUAUCAGGUUGUUCUGGCAACAGGCAUUUGGUUGCCAGUUUCUAGAUGUGGAAACGGAGGAGGGAUCCUGCACUGGUGAGGAGAAGCUGGAGAGCCUUCCUGGGGCUUUUUUUGAAAUGCAAAUGACCAGCCAAAGCUACAGCAUCUACAAUGCCGUCUAUGCUGUGGCACAUGCUUUGCAUGCCAUGUUGGCAUCCAGAACCAAAUAUGGAGGGAUGAUGCUUGAGCACUAUGUGGGACUUCAUGAGCCACAAUAUUUUCAGGUAAUGUCUAACACGGAAAGCAGAUCAUUUUUUUAAUGAAUAGCCCAAUCAUAAUGUGCUUGGAGAGCACAUACAGAGGCUUCCACAUCCACAGAGAAUGUUGCUUUUUCAUUCGGUUGUUUGGAAAGUUGUAAGUACAGUAUUUAUUAUUAUAAGGGCACAGAAGUGCUCCUAAUGAAGGUGAGAAUCAAACACAUGGUUCCUUGAGUAUAGGCUGCAGAAAUCUAUUGCUAAUAAAAGGGUGUUUCUUCAGAAACUAAGGAUAUUUGUUAUAUAUUUCUGAAGCUAUCAAUAGAUUGUUCAAAUUUCAAUGAGAUCUGAUAUAAAAUACAACAAUUAAGUUCAAAAGUGCUAACAAACACACUUGUAACCUUUUUCUUCUACCCAAACAUGCCAUAUAUUUCUAUCCAGUUGUGAUAAAAACUGCUGAAGUACUUUAUUCAGGUUCGUUAAGGAACACACAUUUUCAUUA